GUGCCCUUCACUGCAUCGACUCCAUUUGCUACCACACUGGCGGACCCCUUGCCAUCGGUGACAUCGAGGAGGUGAACGGGGACCUUUGCAUCCGUUGUCCUUGGCAUGACUACGACGUGAGACUGGAGGAUGGUGCGAAGCCCUACCAGUCCAUGAAGUUUGAUCCUGCUACCAAGAAGCUUGUCCCUGAUGGCUGGAAGUUCACUCGCAACACGCAGCGGACGCACGAGGUGGUGUUGCGUGAAGGUGCCGCUCCGGAAGGAGGAAUUUGGGUCCGGCUGAGCACCGAGGGCAAGUUCGAAAGCGAUCAAUUUGCCUAUAACGACAAUGCUGCUAAAAACGUGGCGCGAGGCGAUCGCACCUUUGCGCCAGAUGGCAAGAGCCCCGACAGUCCGGAGAAGUCCGGGACUUCCGGUUACAAGCGGAGUGGCGAGGUGAUAGCUGAGAUGCGGGCUAAGGCGUCAGCACAGAAGAUGCCCCCACCUCCGGCUCUACUGACGCAGCCGGCGACACUGCAAAGCUUGCAUCCACUCGAGUGGCGGCCUUUCCGCCUUUUAAGCAAAAAGCAGCUUGCGGGCAGCGUUUGGCUGUUCCGCUUCGCGCUGCCAGCGGAUCAGCAGCUUGGCUGGUCAUCGUUACGGCAUGUGCGAAUGCGCAUACCACUGCCAAAGAUGGAUGGUACUGGUCCUGCUGCAGUGGAGCGCGAGUACACCCCAGUGUCGCCUCUGGGCCGGACGGGUUGCUUCGACCUUGCUGUGCAGCUGGGCAGAGACAUCCGACGGAAACACACGCCAUCGCCAUCCUUAUUGCAUACAGUAGGGUACCUAGCCUGUUUUGUGAAGGGGUUGCAUGGAGCCGGUUUUGUUAAAGCCCACGCAUGGACAACACGACCGGCAUCUGAGUGCAUCUUGACACAUGGCGGAUGGCAGAGAAAUGCGGGCUCUGCAGAAACAGUUACAUCGAAGUAG